AUGUCAGACUUUAUUCGUCGCAUAGUCUCCGGAAACAAAGCGCGAUUCAAGGAUGAAACGCUCGACGUCGAGCUCGACUUAGCGUAUAUCACCGACCAAGUCAUCGUCAUGGGGUAUCCUGCCACGGGCCUAGAGGGGUUCUACCGAAACCGCAGAGAAGACGCGAAGAAAUUCCUCGAACACCGACAUGGCAAGAACUACUGGGUCUUCAACUUUUGUCCCAUCAGAGAGAACUCGUACCCCGCUAGCUUUUUUGACGGGCGAGUUAGCAGAUAUCCCUUCCCAGAUCAUCAUGCACCCCCUUUAGCCAUCCUGCCCCUGGUAGCCCGCGAAAUCCGCGUAUGGCUUGAAGGCUCCAAAGACCGAGUCGCCGUCCUUCACUGCAAAGCUGGUAAGGGCAGGUCCGGCACCAUGGCCUGCGCGUACCUGUUGACCCAGGUUAGCCUUCCCUCCAAUGAGGCUAGCAACGAUAAAAAGUUGGUAGAAGAGCGUGCAGAGGAGCUUAUGGACGCUAUGCCCUCCGACGAAGACACCGUGGCGCUCACCGACGGGCCAGCCGACGAGUCAGCGGUUGAGGGUCCUAUUGUCGAUCGGAAAGCAACCUCCUCCCCCCGGCCUGUCUCGGUCUCCAGUACUACCGUGUCCGGGUCAGGAUCAAGCACGCCUAGCAGCAAGCCUACAGCAACCCUGCAGCAUGUCCUCGACCUGCACACGUCGAAGCGCAUGAAGCCACCUUCUCCUUCAAGCAAGUACGACAACGACACCGAGAAGCCCAAGAAAGUUAAGCAGGGGGUGAGCAUCCCCAGCCAGCGCCGCUGGCUCUACUACUGGUCGCUCCUCCUGGCGCACGAGGGCCCGCCCGGAUUCUGGUCCUUGUCCCCGCCCGCACAACCCAAACCGCGCAUCCGGCUGAAGGAAGUGAAGAUCCGCAUGCGCGAGCCGACGGGGGUGAAGGCGAGCCUGUUAAAGGCGGUGAAUGCGGUGAUUGACCGGAACGCGUUCGCGAAGACGGCAACGGGGGAGGGACAGGUCUGGGUAUCGCUUGCAAGGUACGACGACGAGUUUGUGGAGACGCUGGAGAUGUGGGAGCGGUGGACGAGGGAUGAGAGUGGGGAUAUGGGGAAGCGGAGGAGAGGGGCGGAGGAGAUGGAGGGGAAGGAGUUGAGUGAGCUGUUUAGGGAUGGGAGGUGGGAUCGGACAAAGAUGGUAAGGAGUUUUGCGAGGCUGGGGUUGGCGAAGUCUGGGGGUGUGCAGAAAGAAGGUGAUGAUAAGGAAGACAAGAAAUAUACGUAUACUGUUCGACCACUAUCGAGCGAGUCAUGGAGACAUAUAAAGGACGAGAUUGAACAUGGCGGACCUGCCAGCGGCCCAUCUAGUGGCUUGAAGUCGGAAGCAACUUCCAUACACGAGAGCCUCCCCGCCGCCGAAGGACCAGGGAUAAGCGACCUCGGCGUGGUGCUCGAUCCUCACAGAGAGCUGCGACUGAAGCUGUACAUGGGGCAGAUAUUCUUGGGCUGGCUGUGGUUCAUCCCGCAAUUCCAUAUGCCUCCGGACUCUACCGAACCCGUGCACCUCACCUUCGAGAAGAAAGACAUCGACUUCCCCCUCGGCAUAGGGUCAAAUAUCAUCAAUGUGGAGGUAGUCAUGGAACAGGUACCGUCGGCCCAGGCGGCUAAGGAAGAGGUGCAGCCUCCUCCGAGGGCCACGACCGUAGAGGCAGAGGAAGGCGUGAAAUCUGAGCCUGUCGGGCUGGCUGCCACAGUUCAGGCUGUGGCUGCGGCUCCUAACUUGGGGAGUAUAGUUGAGGCGAAGCAAGCAGCGGAAGAUUGA